UGUGGACGUCGGAGGUUAGUGGUGUCCAAGACGCAUUCUCAGCCUGUGCCGUCUCCUCUGCGCCCGUUCGCAUAACCGCCUCGGCGUGCAAUAUUCAAAACUGCAGUAUUUCGUCCCCACCCGUGAUCCCGGUUCACCUCCCGUGACUUAGUGCUCAAUCCCGUCAUCUAGUCCCUAGUGUUUUCCCCCUUUUUUUCGUCGCGAGCUGAUUAGUUUCUGAAUCAGCGGAUUUUUCAAGUGGUCCAGAAUUUUCCUAAGAUUUAUACGUUAUCAACUCCAAUUUUUAAACCUGUGAUCAUAUUCAACCGGCACCAAUUAAAUUGCGAAUUUUCUCGACUGCUCCAUUGAUUUAAUUUUAAGUGCGGAUCAACUUACAAAUGAUCAAAGUGCGCUCAAACUAAACCAAAGAUAUCAGUGAUAAGCGAAUACGGUUAAACGUGCCAGCGCUAGCACGUUUUCGGACUGCGGCCGAAUUUCUUGUGUUGAAAAUCUCGACAAGUGCUCAAAAUGGAUGGAUAGAUACUGUGUUACGUUAGUGCACGGAUAUGGAUUUUAACGUUAUUGUAUGAUGGUGGAAAUUUAAGGAAAAACAAUCAUCAUGAUUCGCACCCAUAAAUCCAUCCUCUCGAUACCUCGAGAGUCUCAUGGAGCACCUGGAUCUCACGUAGUCAAAAAAGAGAAAGUUUUGAAAUUCUCUAGCAAUGAAUUCACAAUGUUACCUAUCAAAAAGGAGUGCCUCGAUGAAGCCUGCGGCUCAAUGCAAAAAGUGCCUUCACUUAGUGACCUUUCCGACCCGGAAAACUCAGUUGAUAUUCCCACUCAAGUGCCACCUCUCACACCGGGGACGAAUAAAAAAAUGUCCGAUGCCUUAAAAGCCUCCUUUGCGUCAUGGGAAAAGGAGCAAAUUCGACUGAAUAUUGAAAAAGAUCCCAAACAAUGGACAGAAGAACAAGUUGCUCAUUGGGUGUGUUGGGCGAUGAGGGAGUUCUCUCUCGAUAGCAGUUCGCCGCAGCAGCUUUUCAUGAAGGGGAAAGAUAUCUGUGCCAUGGGGAAAAACUCAUUCCUCGCUAGAGCGCCCAUGUACCUAGGAGAAAUUCUGUGGGAACACCUAGAAAUGCUUCAAAAAGAAGUAGAAUUGGACCAAGCGUCUCUCGAAAAUGUGCCACCAAUGUACGACUCAACCUGUGUCCCUGAUCUCAGUGCUUUGUUAGGAACUUAUGAACAAUCGAAUAACUCAAAAUCGGCCGUCGCUGCCGCAAACAACAAUAACAACGUUCCUGCCGCCAACCAGAACACAUCUUCGACACCUUACGGCAAUGGUUACUCGUCUCAGCUGAGCGGUGAAUCGACGUCGCCGGAGGGCCACAGGACGCCGCUGCCGGACGACACGGGGAACAGCAGCGCCGAGGACACGGGCGGCGGCGGCGGGGGCAGCGGGAGGGGCGGGGGCACGACCCCCUUCUCGCACCCGCCGGCAGCGCCGCGGCCCCAGGGCGGCGCGUACCCCUCGCCGGGGGCCCCCGCGGGAGUGAGGGAGGCCGGCGACUACCACUCCCUGGAGUACGCUCACCACCACCACCACCACCACCAGCAGGACUCCCCCGCCUACGCCACCGAGUCGUCCCCCGAGUUCUACCCUCCCACCAGCACCAUGUGCGCCACAGCCAAAUACCACCACCAGUCAUCCCCCUAUACUAAAAGUAGUUUUUCUAGAUCUGGUCGAUACUCACAACCUGAGCGGUACACUGAAGGUUAUAGUUCACCAUUUGAAAGCAAUGAGUUCCAGCAGGUGCCUGGGAGCACUUCGACGGACGCCCCUCACUGGACUACAACUGGUGCUAGCGAUGCUUUACCUUUAUCUCACAAUAGCAGUGGAUUCAUUCAUCCAGCCUCUAGGGAACCUCAUUAUGAUAUCAAGCCUUCACUCCCGCCACCAUCCAUGCUAAGCUCUUAUGCUGGCCGAUACUCACAGCCGGAGCGAUACACUGAUGGUUAUAGUUCACCUUUUGAAAGUAAUCAGUUCCAGCAAGUUCCUGGCAGUACUUCGGGUGAUGUCCCACACUGGGCAACUGGUGCUAGUGAUGGCCUACCUUUAUCUCACAAUAGUAAUGGUUUUCUCCAUCCAAAUUCUAGGGAUCCUCACUAUGAUAAUAAGCCUCUACUUCAGCCUUCUAUGUUAAGCGCUUAUACAGGUGGUGGACCUUGUUUUACAGGGAGCGGGCCGAUACAGCUGUGGCAAUUUUUGCUAGAGCUGCUAACAGAUAAAUCUUGUCAAGCGUUCAUAAGUUGGACAGGCGAAGGCUGGGAAUUCAAGUUAACAGAUCCUGAUGAAGUUGCAAGGCGCUGGGGUGUCAGGAAAAACAAACCGAAAAUGAAUUAUGAAAAAUUAAGUCGUGGUCUACGGUAUUAUUAUGAUAAGAAUAUCAUUCAUAAAACUGCAGGCAAGCGAUACGUCUACAAAUUUGUCUGCGAUCUGCAAAAUCUUCUAGGAUGCAGUCCUGAGGAGUUACAUGCAAUGGUUGAUCUCAAACUUGAAAAGAGAGACGACGACUGAAUCAGUAAAGAAUCACUAAAUUAGGAAUCUUUUUUUAAUUUUUCAAAGAAAAAACUUUUAAAAAAAGAUGAAAUUGUGCAGGAAAUAUUGUAUAUAAGAGACAUUAACCUGCACAGAAUGCUUUAUGUGGAUCCAUGCGUGUUUAGUUACUUUGUCUUUUUUCUCAAAUUAGAACAAAGGACCUCUGCAUAGAUACAUUGGAACAAAUUAUGUGAUGUAAUUGUAACGGAUGAGUUUAUAUAUUGAUAAUUUUAUGUUUUUAUCUAUUUAUGUACUUGAGUUGCAUGCUUUUCUCAGCAACUACCCACGAAGAACUUUUAACUAAAGUUCGUAAUCAAAACUUCCUGUAAAUAUAGUUGUGAAACAGAUCUUUCUGUUUUCUCUUUACUUUUUUCAUAGAUUUUUUAACUGUCAUGCCAAUGAGCUUAUAUGAUCCUUUUUGUGAAAAUUAAAUGUAAAAAUAAUUUUAAUCUGACCCAGACGUUUUUCUGUGCCUGUGGUCAUGUAUUUAUGUCAACUUACCUUCUAUAUUUUUUCUUUUUUACUUUCAUUGAUAAAACGAACCUAUUAUCGAUACAAAAAGUCUAUAAUCCAAGUUCUUUUCCUCUGUAAUUCAGAAAGAUUCAAAUUCUACAUUUUUAAACUGUGAAAAGGACUGAGAACUCUCACAUCUAAGUUUUGAAUGUGUCCUCUUUACCAUUUAGCUAGAAUGUUUUGAUCCAUGUAACAAUAAAUUUAGUGUUGCAUUUCCCCUUAUUGGCUCUCAAAUUAAAUGCCUCACGUUUGUAAUGAUGAGUCAAGGAAGAAACAGACAAACCGUACUAGAAGUAAGCAACAUUUGAGUUUUCAUGCUGCAGCAUUUUUCUUGAAGUGUAUACACAUUGUAUAAUAUUCUGUGCAAUAAUAACAAAAUCUAGACAUUUGCAAAGACCUGCAUUAUAAAAAAGCCCAUACAUACUAUUUUGAUCAAUAAAAACCCCUCAAUUUUUAUCCCAUUAUCUAAUUAUUGUGGAAGUGAGUACCUACCUAUACUUGUGAUUUUAAUGAAAAAAUAAUUGACUUUUCUUGACCGCUCAUUAGUAAAUUCUGUGGAAGGCUGAGAUGAGUCAUUUUGUGAAGAAAGUGAUCCAAGUUAUCUGCAGAUCUUACAGGACUCAAGACUUAGAAAUGAAAAGUGUAUAAGCUUUGAAAUGUUGGCAGUUGUAGAAAUUUUCUGAUCAGAUUUAAUAACAAUCUCUUGCUUCACUUAGGUUUUUUUUAUUUAACUGUCAAUGGCGCAUAGUAAAUAAGAUAGAAUCCAGAACCAAUGUGCAGAUCUAAUCUAAUGCUAAAAAACAAUGCCUCAUUGAAUGUUUUAUAUUUCAAUAGCUAGAACCAUGUAGUUGAAUUUUCUGGUAAAUCUGCUUUAGAGUUAAAAGUCAAACUUAAUCAUUCAAAAUACUAACUCUUGCUGUAACGCAAAUUACGUAAAUCGUUCAAAUCUCUACCAGCAAAAGUAAUUUACCAACAGCCAUGGUGAGUCAUCAUUUCCUCUACUGGGUCUCCUUUUUUUUCUUGGCCAUGGUCUCCUUCACAGGCUAAAAGCACACCCUAAAAGCAGUUCAAAGCGUAGUAAACUUAUUUUUUCAGUUGGACAAAAACUCCAAAGUGUUGCUUCGGAAGAUAUCACUACAAACGGAUCAAACCCACAAAUAUUUGCCAGACCUUUCAAUUUCAACCCAAGAAAUGAUGAUUCCACUUUUCUGCACAAUUAUAAAGUGAUGUCAUGUUCCAUUAUAGAAUUUGCUAUGAAGUGUGACAUUUCAUGAUAGAGCAAGGUGAUUUUUUUCCUAUCAGUGUUCCUUGUUGCCAAAUCGACAUUCUAAGUCUUCCCAAUAUUAACUUUCUGCAAUUGUAAACUCUCAUGUAGAUCAUACCAGUGCCCUUUUUUUCAAUUUAUUGCUUCAUAAUGAGAAAGUUGCUAUUCAGAAAUGUAAUGAAGAGCAUCCUAUCAUUAUUGAAGUAAUCUCUCUCCUCCGCCUGGUUAUUUUUUUAAGCGCACUGCAGUGUUACAUUUUAGAUUAAGGCCUAGAAAUGUACCAUUAAGCUGCUCCCCCCCCCCCUCUUCUUUUUCAAGAACAAUGAAGAAAUCUGCACAAAACUGAAGUAUUUACAAUGGAUAUCAAUUUGUUUUAAAAUUCCAUUUAAUUUGUCUCACAUUUGAUCUAUGAGUUAAGAUUUCAUAAUUUAUUUUUCUCUCUAAACAUUUUCUUUUGAAAAUGGAUUAUUUUAUGAUCAUAAUUUCAUUAAUUUAAAAGGAAAACAAGGCGGAAAACCUAUGCAACACUUCCCACGGUUUUAAAAUGGUACACUCUCAAUUCAAGUACCUACUCAAUCCACUCAAUAUUAGAUUUUUUUGAAGAACAAAUUUACUUUCUGGCCUCAUAUUUUAAGAUAAGCCCAGAUAGCUGGAAUAGUCAUAAUAAGAAAACUGUAAGCUUUUACAAGAAUUGCCCUUCAUUCUAUCAUUUGUUAAUGUAGAAGGUGCAGGCAUCAAAUAGAAUCAUAUCUUGGAAUCAUUGAAAUUCUCCUGAGAGAUCAAAAUUAUGAUUGUCUAACAAAUGAAUAAACUAUUGAUCCCAUAUCCUCCCAUGAGGAACUUCUUCCUGUAUAGACAAAACAAAGAUUUCUUCAAGCUCAUUUUGUCAGGCUUUUCUCUAUUCUUGAGCGAUUAUUAUCUGUGAACCCUAAUUUUUUAUAUGAAACCAGUUUUUGAAUCUUCUAAUUUCAAAAGACUUAACAGUUAAAUAUGUUUACGCCGCCUCAUUAUGUUUUCAAAAUUAAAGUUCAAUAAAGACUUAGUUUCAUUAUUAAAAUGAAGAAGGGAAAACGUCAUACUUUUAAUUAUUUGACUUUUUUCCCAAACUUUUGCGAUUCAUCAAGACAUACAUUUUUCCCAUUCACUGUUGAGCAAAGGAUGCCAGUUAAGACAAAAUUAAUCUUUUAUGUUUCUCACAAGACUUCUCAAAAGUAUAUCUUCGAGCCUGUCUUAUUUUCAUCCCUAUUAAUGUCGAUUCAAGUCUAGUAUGAAAAGUGCUCUGGUUAAAAUAAAACCGUGCAAGCUACAAAAACAAAAGGAGUUUCUCAUCUGUUGUUAAGAAAUAAGUAACCAUGAAAUAAGAUUAUUGUAGGUGUGCUAAUUUCUUUUCCUCUCAGGGAAAGUUCCUCUUAAUAAUGAAAUCAUUGUACUACCUAAGUUUUAUUGUAUUUUUGUCAUCUUAUAUUGUGGCACAUUAAUUAUUUCAUAAAAUUCUCUGUGGUCUCGCAUCUAAAACCAUCUCCAUCUUUCGAUCCUACACUGUUUCAGUCUCUGUGAGUCAACAUAUUUUUCACAUCUUAAAUUUUCGUUCUUUGAUCUCUAAUUCAUUAGACUCUUUUCUUUCAACAAAAAUCUUUUUUAUCCCCAUUUUAUCAUCAUUAGCUAUCAACUGUAGCCAAUUUAACUGUCCACUCUGGCAUGAGGCACAUAUGACAUGUCUGAAUCAGGUGGGUAUCAGUGAAACUCAGUCGACUGUCAUGCACAGUUUUUAUUAUCAUUCGCACACCAUUUUCAAAAGAAAGUGUUGAUUAAUGAAAUGUGAUUAAAUCUCAAAAUUCAUAGAUUUUUAUAACUUUAACCGUAGGUUAUUCUUGUAUGUAAAUAGAUACCUUGCGUAAUUUAUUUGUUUUGAUUACUGUAGAAUUCCAACUGAAUGAAUUCCCUAUCAGCCCUACUGAAAUACUCAACAGUCAUGGUGUAUAUCUGUUGAAAAGCUCUUUCUCCUUGAAGAUUUUCAUAAAUUAUUUUUCUUCAGCUUAAUUUUAUAUUUACAUUAAUUCACCAUGAUUCAUUCAACCGUUAUGUGCUCCUAAUUUGAUCUUCAAGUACUUAAGCUUUGAUUUUUAAACAAAUUUCUCUGUUUCAGGAGAAAGUGAAUUCAGAGUGAGAAAGCUUAUUUUAGCACAUCUUCUUUGUUCACUUUAUUCGUCUGUUCUUCUUAUUUUAAGCCAAAAGUUAGAAAGGCAAAAACAAGGCUAAUCAAAUUCUGAAUUCCUUUCCGCCAUAGUACCUAAUUGUCAUUAAUUACAUCUCAUGGGCAUUAAAAAGGACCUAUAAAUUUUCCCUCUAUCCUGAGAUUGAACCUUUGAAGUUAACAGACCUAAGAUAGCAUAUAGUGUUUUUCCUAUCAUCAUACAAUGUUAUGUUGAUCUCUCGGAUAGGGAAUCGUCUUUCAAGGUAACUUUUUUCUUCAAAGGCAAGAUCAUCUUUGAUAGAAAUUAUUAAUGCUCCUCAUGUUUUCUUUUUGGAUUAUUUCAAAACGAAGAUGCCAAGUCCAGUAGUUCAAACGUUACUCUCAAAUUGAACAGUUUUUUCACACACUUCGAAAUUAUUUCCCAUUUUCCUUCAUUGAAUUGUAUUUGUUGAAGAGAACUGCUUUGAAUUUUUAAGAUUCUAGAAAUAAAGAUACUAAAAAGUUUAAUCGUAAAUCUAAGUACACUGAUCUGAUUAUAUGGUCUUCAAAUGUACCCAUGAAACAGGAUGUAAAAAAAAUUAUGUCAUAUUCAUCGUAACCACAUUCAAUUUAUUUCAUAUUGUUCAAUGAAUAAAAUAUGUGACCUCUAAGACUAAACUUGCUUUUUUAUAUCAUAUAUUAUAUUUUUUUAACUUGAAAUGUUUGGAAUUCUACUGUCUUUCAAAAUUUAGAAACAGCUAUUGUUCAUGUUUUAAGAAUUCGAUAUUAUACUCAAAAUUGACAUUGUUACCCACGAAACGAAAACCUCUAAGUUUAAAUCUGGUGAAGUAAAAUAUCCAAAGCAAUAGUGUGAAGCAUCAAGUGUCAAGUUUCACUAUUCAAAUAUGUAAUUAACUGUUAUGAAUUAUCAGUUGUCUGAUUAGCUAUUUUGUUAUAUAAUUUUUAUAAAUAUAGUUUUAGACAAUCUUUAAUUGUUAUCGAUUCUUUUUUCAUUUAUGAUGUAAGUUUCUCCCUCUUUUUUAUUAUUUUAUCUAAUUUGUCUCUUCCCCCUCAGUAAAUUUUUGUUAACUGCUUUCAGUUUAUAUUUAUAAUUAAAGAAAAAGUUUAAAAAUCAUCAUUAAAAAAGUCCAAAAUCAAAA